GGAGUAGGCAAAUCAACGAAUUUGGCGAAAAUUUGUUUCUGGCUCAUAGAAAAUAAUUUCCGCGUGCUUAUUGCUGCGUGUGAUACGUUCAGCCGGUGCAGUUGAGCAACUGAGGACCCAUAUGCGUCAUUUAAACGCUCUUCAUCCACCAGAGAAACAUGGAAAUAUGUCUAUGGUUCAGUUGUAUGAAAAAGGGUAUGGGAAGGAUGCUGCUGGUAUCGCCAUGGAAGCGAUUCGUUUUGCUAAGGACUCGAGAUUCGACGUAGUCUUGGUAGACACCGCUGGUCGAAUGCAAGAUAACGAACCGUUGAUGAGAGCCUUGGCCAAGUUGAUCAAAGUAAACGAGCCAGAUUUAGUACUCUUCGUCGGUGAAGCUCUCGUUGGAAACGAGGCUGUUGAUCAAUUAGUGAAAUUCAAUCAAGCGUUAGCCGAUCAUAGUCAAUCCACCAAUCCUCAUAUCAUUGACGGAAUCGUGUUAACUAAAUUUGAUACAAUCGAUGAUAAGGUAGGCGCAGCGAUUUCUAUGACAUACAUUACUGGGCAACCAAUCGUUUUUGUUGGUACAGGACAAACUUAUACAGAUUUAAAAUCAUUAAACGCGAAAGCGGUAGUUCACGCUUUAAUGAAGUAAUUGUUGAUUCGAAUAAUAAAACGAUAUUAAAUUUAUUACAUAAAUGAUUCAAACUUUAAUAGAUUAUUAUUAAUAAAUUCAGGGGAUAAUUAUAUACAAAAAGAUUUAGCAGAAGUAAUAUAUUAUUGUGUCUAAAUAAGUACUGUUCUUAAUGUAUGUAUAAUUAUGUCUUACCAAUUAUGUUACGUUAAAUGAUUUGAUAAAUGCUAUCAUAAAAUCCUUAGAGACGCUCGCGUACUAUCCUUAGUCGAUUUAUGUUGCAAAUGGUUUAAUGUACAAAUUUAUAGACAGUUUUCUAAAAAAUAUAAAUGAUGGAAUUAAAGAGCAAGGAUAUGCUUCCAUAUUUCAAUUAA